CAGAGAUUUUUUUUCCUCUCUCACUUUCAGGAGUUGUGGUUGCUUUCAAUAAUGAGCCGCUCUGUCCUAGAGGCUGGCCCUCUGCCGCCGCGUCAAACUGAAGUCAUUCCCCCGAAGGGACAGACUUUGCAGUGUGUUUGCAGGGCGGGGGGGAGGACCCGUGUUCGGGAGUAGCCCGAGGACCGCGCCCACCCUUCUUCGGCCCCGGGGCCGCGAUUGGCCCUCGCCCCGGGGACCGGCGGCUGCAGCCCGCCGUCCGCGCGCGGGGGACGCGGUGGGGCACGGGGCGCCCGGGGGCGCGAGCCCCGCCCGCUCUUUGUGCGGGGAUUAGCGGCCGCGCCGGGGCAGGGGACGCGGCGGGCGCCGGGCAGCGCGGAAUCCAGGAUUUGCCGCGGCCGCGCGGCUGAUGGAAAACAGAUGUCCCGGCCCCGGGCCUGAGCACAGGAUGGAAGGGACUGAUCCGAGAGCCUCUUGGAAGCGAGGACGCCGACUGGAGGCCCGCGGGGAUCCAGCCGGGAGGCGGCUCUCCCUCGGCUCGUGCGUUUUCGCGGCUUCAGCCUAGAGCCCGAGAGCGCCGGGCGGUGCGGCGGCUGCCCCUGCGCGGGCCGUGCGCGCCCCUCCUGUUGCCCAGCGGGUCGCCGUCGCGCACAGCAGCGUGCAGGGUCAAAGACAGCUGGCCCCCCAUGUCAGUGGUCUAGGAUGGCCAGUGAAGCCACCAACAUCCCAAGUCCUGUGGUGCGCCAGAUUGACAAGCAGUUUCUGAUUUGCAGUAUAUGCCUGGAAAGGUACAAGAAUCCCAAGGUUCUCCCCUGUCUGCACACUUUCUGCGAGAGGUGCCUGCAGAACUACAUUCCCGCCCACAGUUUAACCCUCUCCUGCCCUGUGUGCCGCCAGACCUCCAUCCUGCCCGAGAAGGGGGUGGCCGCGCUCCAGAACAACUUCUUCAUCACCAACCUGAUGGACGUGCUGCAGCGAACUCCAGGCAGCAACGCCGAGGAGUCCUCCAUCCUGGAGACAGUCACUGCUGUGGCUGCGGGGAAGCCACUCUCUUGCCCAAACCACGAUGGGAACGUGAUGGACUUUUACUGCCAGUCCUGUGAGACCGCCAUGUGUCGGGAAUGCACGGAGGGGGAGCACGCGGAACACCCCACUGUCCCCCUCAAGGACGUGGUGGAGCAGCACAAGGCCUCACUCCAGGUGCAGCUGGACGCCGUCAACAAAAGGCUCCCAGAAAUAGAUUCUGCUCUUCAGUUCAUCUCGGAAAUCAUCCAUCAGUUAACCAACCAAAAGGCCAGCAUUGUGGAUGACAUCCAUUCUACCUUUGAUGAACUCCAGAAGACUUUAAACGUGCGCAAGAGUGUGCUGCUUAUGGAGCUGGAAGUCAACUAUGGCCUCAAACACAAAGUCCUCCAGUCGCAGCUGGAUACCCUGCUCGAGGGGCAGGAGAGGAUCAAGAGCUGCAGCAGCUUCACGGCGCAGGCCCUCAACCACGGCACGGAGACGGAGGUGCUGCUGGUGAAGAAGCAGAUGAGCGAGAAGCUGAACGAACUGGCGGACCAGGACUUCCCGCUGCAUCCGCGGGAAAACGACCAGCUGGACUUCAUCGUGGAGACCGAGGGGCUCAAGAAGUCCAUCCACAACCUCGGGACGAUUUUAACCACCAACGCCGUCGCCUCCGAGACGGUGGCCACGGGCGAGGGGCUGCGGCAGACCGUCAUAGGGCAGCCCAUGUCCGUCACCAUAACAACCAAGGACAAAGACGGCGAGCUGUGCAAAACGGGCAACGCCUACAUCACGGCGGAGCUGAGCACGCCCGACGGCAGCGUGGCGGACGGCGAGAUCCUGGACAACAAGAACGGCACGUACGAGUUCCUGUACACCGUGCAGAAGGAGGGCGACUUCACGCUGUCCCUGCGCCUCUACGACCAGCACAUCCGCGGCAGCCCGUUCAAGCUGAAGGUGAUCCGGUCGGCGGACGUGUCCCCCACCACCGAGGGCGUGAAGAGGCGCGUCAAGUCCCCGGGCAGCGGCCACGUGAAGCAGAAGGCUGUGAAGAGGCCCGCCAGCAUGUACAGCACCGGGAAGCGAAAAGAGAACCCCAUCGAAGACGACCUGAUCUUCCGAGUGGGUACCAAAGGAAGAAAUAAAGGGGAAUUUACAAAUCUUCAAGGGGUUGCGGCCUCUACAAGUGGGAAGAUAUUAAUUGCAGACAGUAACAACCAGUGUGUGCAGAUAUUUUCCAACGAUGGGCAGUUCAAAAGUCGUUUCGGCAUCCGAGGACGCUCUCCCGGGCAGCUGCAGCGGCCCACGGGGGUGGCUGUGCAUCCCAGUGGGGACAUAAUCAUCGCCGACUAUGACAAUAAAUGGGUUAGCAUCUUCUCGUCAGAUGGGAAGUUUAAGACAAAAAUCGGAUCAGGAAAGCUGAUGGGGCCCAAGGGAGUUUCCGUGGACCGCAACGGGCACAUCAUCGUGGUGGAUAACAAGGCGUGCUGCGUGUUUAUCUUCCAACCAAAUGGGAAGAUAGUCACCAGGUUUGGUAGCCGAGGAAAUGGGGACAGGCAGUUUGCAGGUCCCCAUUUCGCAGCUGUAAAUAGCAAUAAUGAGAUUAUUGUUACAGAUUUCCAUAAUCAUUCUGUCAAGGUGUUUAAUCAGGAAGGAGAAUUCAUGUUGAAGUUUGGCUCAAAUGGUGAAGGAAAUGGUCAGUUCAAUGCUCCAACAGGUGUAGCAGUGGAUUCGAAUGGAAACAUCAUUGUAGCUGACUGGGGAAACAGCAGGAUCCAGGUUUUUGAUGGAAGUGGAUCGUUUUUGUCCUACAUUAACACAUCUGCUGACCCACUCUACGGCCCCCAAGGCCUGGCCCUAACUUCAGACGGCCACGUGGUGGUUGCAGACUCUGGAAACCACUGUUUCAAGGUCUAUCGGUACUUACAGUAACAGUGGGGAACUGGACACCCUCUGACAAAGAUCUUACACUAUAAACUGGAAUGGAUUUCUUGACGCAGGACCAGAUUAUACUAGACUUUUCAUGCUAGAAGGAAUCGUCGGUGAACUUUCCAAGGUUAUUUCUUGAAUGUAACAGUUUCCUGAAAAACUAGAAUAUCUGAUUUCCAUAAUCCAUGUUUAGGGUUUAAAAGAAAUCUCUUCUACUGAAUCUAUAAAAACUGCAAAGUUUUACACCUGUGAACUAUGGCUUAUAGGACAGGGAUUUAUGUCGUUAAAGUAAUUUUGCAAAUCAAGCAAGCAUUAAACAGCAACUAGAAUAUUUAAAGGUAUUUGUUCAUCCUGUGAGUGGUAGCUUUUGCGCCGAGCUUCCAAAAACAAAACAAAACAAAAACAAAAUCUGUUGUAGUUAUAUACUUUAUUUAACCUGGGUCAUAAUCCCAGGGCAUCUUCUAACCUCACUUUUACAGUAGGAAUUACUCUUGUGACAUUUUUUUGGUUAUCAAUAACUACAUAUAAAUUACUUUGGGAAAAACAAAAACUGUCUUGCAAAAUCCUCCCAGCUGGGAUUAGCAAGCCUCUUGAGUUGAGCACUUAAAAAAAAAAAUCAAUGCAAAUUUCCCAUCUUUUCUGAGUUAGAUCAAAGAUCUUCGUGUGUUCUUUUCACCUCUCUCCUGCUCACCUUGUAUCAAAAAACAAAGUUCAUUUUCAGGGAAACCUGAAAUUCCUAAUACUUUGAAAAGCAUAUUACAAUAGUAAUGCUACCUUUUGGUAAACCAAUGGCCCCAUUAACUCCAGAUUAAUGCACUAGAAUGUAAUCAAGAAAAAGUCAGUCAUGUUUUCUGUGCCACUUUUUCACGUGUCUCUCCUCUUCCACUUCAUGAAUGCGAAAGCUUUACCUCCUGCAAAAUGUCAGCACAUGUAGUAGGACACCAGUAUCCUAGGACAGAGAGCCAUAAAUAGCCCUUUGGAGGACUGAUGGUGUCAACCAAAGGCAUGUGAUUGAUCAGUGGUUUCCCCUUAGAAAGCAAGUGUUACCAAAGUUGUGUUAUCUCGAAAGCAUUACAGGUAAGGGCAUGUUAUGGUUAUUUAUCAUUGUCUAAUAACUAGUAGAGGCAUUAAAGGACUAUGUAUACAUGAUUAGGGUAAGGUAGAAUGUAUCAUAUAUAUAUAUAUAUAUAUAUAUAUAUAGCUGAAUCUUUGGUAUAUUGAAAUAGGCAGCACUCUGAAAGACAGAAGCAUCUUCAGCACAUUCCUUAACUGCACAGUUUAAAGCCGUCCUAGUAGAGCAAGCCCUAAAGCAGAUUUAAUUUUUGCCAUUUUCCAGGAAUGCUGGUGUCGGCUGACUUUUUGUCAGAAAAUGGCCUUCUGUGCUUUCAAAAACAAAACAAAAAACAGGUCGAAAGAAAAAAAGAAGUUGAACUUGAGUUACAUUUAAGUAUAAAUGCAUUUUGAAAAAUGUUGAGAAUAAUUUAGUCAAUCUAAUACUGUAAAAUAAGAUAUGGUCUAUUUCCACUGUUUAAUUUUCUACUCAGUUCUACCAAACAGGAUGUCGUAUUUGGCAUUUUCAGUAAUGACUUUGGAACCUUUUUCAGUGAAAGCACCUUAGAACUGUACUAUAAGGAACCGUUUGCCACAUGUAUAACUAUAUGAGUGUGAUGUUUUUUGCUUAUUAAUUUAUAAUUCAGCCAUUCUCUUAUAUAGGACCUUUAUAAAUUUAGAAGGGAAAUCUUCCAAUUAUCUAUCAAAUUUAUUAUGCCCAAAUCAACCUCUGAAAAAAAAUUUUUUUCAGGAAGAUUUACAUUUAGGUUUAGUAUUUUUUUAGUUAGGUAGAGUUUUCAAAAUAUUUGAGACUGUCAGUGAUAAAGUUAUAUGAAUCAAUAACAUUUUUAGAAUGUUAAACUAAGACACUGUUUCCUAAUGUCAGUGAAAUAUCUUUGAAGUUAAACAUUCGUGUUUAAUGAGCGCUUACUGGGUGCCAGAGGCUAUUCUAGGCACUGGGGAUAAAGUAAUGGGUAAAACAGACAAAAAUCCUGCCCCCUUGAAGCUUACACUCUAGGGAAGGAAUUUCAUUUUACCAUUUACUAACAUUCUGCAUAGAAGAUAAGCUAGACUCUUGAUAAUUCCUGGAAUGUUUAAAAGGAAACUUUUUAAAUUUGUUAAAUGAAUUUCAGUUUCUUUUCACCAGUGAAAAUGCCUUCCUAUGUAGAUUCUGUCAUGGGCCAUUGAUCUUAAGACUAGUUUACUUAAAGCGGGUUUUUUGCCCAUUGAAAUUAUACUUGUGAGUUUAGGAAUGAACUAGCCAUCAUUACCAUAUCAGACUGGAUAUCUCAAUAGCAGAUUGAAUACAAAGCUAAUUGUUUUACAUGUCAGUAUUGGAAUGAAACUGGACCUAUUUCACUAUCUGUUACUAUUUGAUUCAGACCUGUUCCACUCUCUGUUACUAAAGCACAUGCUAUGGGCACUCCAGGAAACACUAUAUUUUCCCCAAAAUAUAUGUAAUCGUAUAUGUUAAAGUAUAGAUAACAUUUCAAAUUUGGACACAUGUGCAUUUACUGUAUUUCUUGGUAAGCAUAUUGUAGGGGGAAAAGUGCUGCUGCUAAGAUAUGAAUAGACAAGAUUUAAAUGAAAUUGUGUCACAUUCUAUGGAAAAUGGUUUCUAGUAAACUGAGAAGGAUAUUAAAAUAAGUGACUUUUUUCUAGGCUACCAUUAUUGUUUGAUUUCUCUUUGUCAAGUGUACAGAACCUGUCAUACAUUCAUGAUAAGUAGCACUGAAAAAUUACCCAUCCAAAUUUCCCCUGGGCACUUAUGGCAAAAUGUUGCCAGUUAGAAUGUAAAGGUCGGUGACAAUGCAUUUCCUCCCCAGUUAGAGAUAUUAGUAACUGUAUCUCUGAUACAGACCUCCCCUGCUGGACAUGGGGAGGUGGGUGAAGAGUCACUUGACCACCUAGAAACACAUGAAUAAAAAGCCUUUAUGACUAUUAGCCAUUUUUUAAAAAACGGUUCUUAGUAUCUUGAUCAAACUUUAAUCUCCAGUAACUAAAGCCCCCAAGUUUCCCUCUUAAUUUACUCUUUGACUGGUUUGAGUCAAAUAAAUACUAACAGGUCCAUGCAACUAGAACACACUUGCUUCUACUACUAAAUAUACAGGGUAUGUCCUAACAGAGUUAACUGGAAUAGCAGUAUGCUAGCAAGUGUCUAUGCAUCCUUAACACUGAAGGGUUUACAUAAAUGCUUUGGUAAUACCUACUGAGUUAAUUGGAGGAAAUAGCAAAUAAACAUCAGGUAAUCUGUGGAUUACUUCAGAUGGGGAACAUCUUUAUGUACAUUUGGACUCUAUAGUAUCCUCCCUAUUCACCAGCUUCUGAAAAAGGAGGAACAUUUUUAGUUUAAUUUAAAAAUAAGACAUUUCCAGGUAGGAUAAAAUUGAAGCUAUUUGCUGCAAACAUUGUCUAAUUUUGCUUAAAAUUGGAAGUCAUAAUACUCUUGCAUUCUGUAAAUGUUACAGGGUUUUAAAACUUUACAAUUAUUUUAAUAUUUUUGAUAACUAGGAAUCUAGCAUUGCCAUAAAGGAAACUAAGUGCCCAUUAAAGAUUUGUUUGGUAUAAAUAAAUAAUUUUUUUGUUUUGUUUUAAAUGACAGUAAGCUACCAAUCAUGAUGUUAAUCUUAAAGUUUCUGAAGAUGAAUUGUGUGGCAGUGAUUGUGUGGUCUGUUUGUGCAGAAUGUAUGAAAGCUAUUGAUAUUCUAAAAUAGAUGAAUAAAUUGGCUAUGUUGUUCCAAUGAAUGUACAGCACUUCCAGUAAUUUUUGAAAGCAACACAGCCUUAAACUCAGUGUUUUUGCUUUAUGACAUGGGAAUGUUCUGUCAUCAACAGUGUAUUCUUAGAAGAAUUCUUUAUAUCAUUCUCAAUUCUAUAGCCUUUCAAUCCUAUGUAUGAGUAUGAGGGGUUUUCGCUUCCUUUUUUUUUUUUUCUUUUUAAAUUUUGUACAUUCCAUCUUUAUAGGUCUGUUUCAUACGUUUUGUGUAUAGAACACUAAGUCUUGUGCUCUCUGACAUUGAUACUGAUAUAUUCUCAUCAUUUGUUCUUUUAUGAAUCAAAAUGCUGACUGCCUAUUUAAAGAAUGAACGCUGUGCAUCAAAGUAUUUGUAUGUUCAUAGCUACAUAUGUACCACAGUAUUUUGGAUGCUUUAGUCUACAAUAAACCUUUAAAUUAAUUCUGUCUUGAAACAUAGGAGAAACAAGAUUCAUGUGUAUGUCUUUACCAUGCACAAAAUCUCAAAUCAUUAUAAUAAAGCUUGUUUUCUCCA